UUUUCAACAAAAUUCAAACUCAAAAACAUAAAAAAUUAAAAACACUCUCUUUCCCGCUCACCUCUCAAAUUUUACCUUUUUUUUUCGUCAUCUCUUUCUCUCUCCUCUUAUUUUCCGCCUUCUUCAAAAAUCAAAACUUCCCCAAAAAAAAAAAAACAAAAUUCAAAACCCUAAAAUUCAAAAUCAAUUAAAUCUAAUCAAUGUCGUCAUCAUCAACUCGGCGGAUCAAAGAAAGGGGAGGAUCUGUCGGAAAGAUUGCAUCUUCAAUACCCAAUAAAACCCUAACCCCAAUUUCUGAAAAACCCUCUUUAGCUACUAGUGGAAGGAAAUCAAUCGGCAAGGAAAACCCUAACCCUAGAUCGGUUUCUAGGGUUUCCGGCGGAGCUCAGAAGCCUGUGAUUCGGUCAAUGCCAAGAGUUUCUGAUGUCGAAACACGGUCUCGAUCUCGAGGUAGGAGGAGUCCUAGCCCUAACCCUAACCCUAAUUCUAAUCCCUCUGAUUUUACUCGAGUUUUGUCUGAUAUGCGAAAAACUAGGGUUGCUAGUGGGAGUGAUUCUGCUAGAAGGGGUGAGAUUUCUGGGUUGAAGGGGGUUAGUGGGUUUAAAGUUUUGGAUAAAAAGGGGUUUAGGGAUUUGAAUCAGAAAAUUAGUGGAAGUAGGGUUUCUAUUGAUGGAAAAGAAGUUGCAAAUGUUGGGAAAAUUAGUGGUAGAAAAGAUGAUAAUUUAUCUUCUGUUCAUUCUGUAAAGGUAAAUGUUAAUAAUUUAAGUGAUGGGUGUGUUAAUGAGACUAAUAAAGUUCAAGGAUUUGAUCCCUGUGAAUUGAAAAAUGUGAAUCAAAUUGUCGAUUUGAAGGCUAAUGUUGGUUGUUCUAAUAUGGAGAAGAGUGUGAGAGUCUCGAGUGCUUCGAAGGGCGUGGAUGGUGGUAAAGAAAAGGGUGUGAUCGAGGAGGGAACGAGUGGGCGUGUUGGGAACAAGCACGCUAGUAAGUUGCACGAGAAGCUUGCGUAUUUGGAAGGGAAGGUGAAGAGAAUUGCUACCGAUAUAAAGAAGACGAAGGAGAUGCUUGAUAUGAACAAUACCGAUGCGUCUAAGGUUAUACUUUCGGAUAUUCAGGAGAAGAUUUCGGGUAUUGAGAAAGCCAUGGGCAAUGUGAUGAGUGAAUCUAAAUCACAUGGAACUGCUGAUAGUUCUAGUAAUUCGGAUAAUUUAAAGAACACUGAAAUUGAUAGCUUACACGGAAUAAAAGAGGAGAAUCGAAAUGUGCAAGGUGAUUCUUCAAAAGUAUCAGUGAAAAGCUUGAGUUGUGAAGAGCUAGAAGCUAGGCUUUUCCCUCAUCACAAAUUGUUGCGAAAUCGGACUACAAUGAAAGUGGCAGAUUAUGGCUCUCAAAGUGAUGGAACCCAUGUGUUAGAAACCAAUGACGAAUCUAAUUCCAAAGAUGACGCAGAGUGUCCUAUGGAUGAGGAUCCAAUAGCAAUGGAGUUCCUGGCUUCUUUAACUAAGACACAGUCUAAGGUUGAUAUGAAAGAUGUAGAAGCUAUUUUGGAUGCUAAUAAAGUUCAUGAAGCAGAUGAUGCUGAAACUUCAACAACACGACGGAGUUCAGGUGUAUUGGGUGGAAAAAGUACUGCGGAAGUAGAUUUGGAAGCUGACGAGACACUUGAUGAAUUUGAUGAUCAAGAGAAUAAGCAAAAAAUGAUAGUUGAUGAAGAGAUGGAUGAUAAUUCCAUUACUCAGCUGAUAGAAAUUGGGCGCAAGACUUCUACUGGAGGAUGGUUUGUAUCGGAAGGAGAAUCAGUUCUUCUAGCUCAUGAUGAUGGUUCAUGUUCUUUCUAUGAUAUUGCGAACCACGAGGAGAAAGCUGAAUACAGGCCACCGGCAGGAAUUUCAGAAAACAUAUGGAGGGACUGCUGGAUAAUUCGCGCCCCUAGUGCUGAUGGUUGCUCUGGAAAGUAUGUGGUGGCUGCUUCUGCAGGAAAUACUAUGGACUCAGGGUUCUGUUCAUGGGACUUUUAUACCAAAGAUGUGCGAGCUUUUCACAUUGAGGAUAAUACAACCAGCCCAAGAGUAGCUCUUGGUCGGUUACGUGAUAACAUUAUGUACAGAAGGAAUGCUCCAUCUAAUAUCAUGUCCUCUGAAAACCUCCAAUGGUGGUAUAGACCCUGUGGACCUUUAAUUAUAUCCACUGCUAGUUGCCAGAAAGCUGUUAAAGUAUUUGACAUCCGUGAUGGCGAGCAAAUUAUGAGGUGGGAUGUUCAAAAGCCUGUGCUACCAAUGGAUUAUUCUAGUCCAUUGCAGUGGAGAAACAGAGGAAAAGCUGUUAUAGCAGAAGCAGAUGCUAUAUCUCUGUGGGAUGUCAACUCAUUAAAUCCUCGAGCAUUGUUAUCUGUUUCUACCUCAGGUCGCAGGAUAUCAGCUCUUCAUGUGAAUAAUACUGAUGCUGAAUUGGGUGGAGGAGUCCGACAAAGAGCAAGUUCAUCAGAAGCGGAAGGAAAUGAUGGUGUCUUCUGCACUGCUGAUUCCAUUAACGUCCUUGACUUCCGUCAGCCAUCUGGUAUCGGACUUAAGAUACCUAGGAUUGGUGUAACUGUUCAAUCUGUCUCUUCUCGAGGAGAUUCCGUGUUUCUUGGCUGCAGUAGUGUUGUCUCAGCUGUAAAGAAGCAGGUGAAUUCACAGGUGCAACAAUUCUCUUUACGUAAGCAAAAGAUAGUGAACACCUAUACCUUACCUGAAUCCAACGCUCAUUCGCAUCACAAAGCGCUGACCCAAGUUUGGGGGAACGGAAACAUGGUUAUGGCCGUUUGUGGACUUGGGUUGUUUGUUUUUGAUGCUUUAAAAGAUGAUGGUUUGCCUUCAUUUGCUAGCGACUAUACUAGUCCACAGAGUGCCAAGGAAAUUAUUGGCCCGGAUGACUUGUAUUCUCCUUCAUUUGAUUGCCUCUCUUCCCAGGUUCUGCUGAUAUCAAGAGACCGUCCAGCAAUGUGGAGGCAUUUGUCGUAGAUACGAUCCUCAUUAUAAGCUAAGGAGCACCUCGCUCUUUCAUGUAAAAUAAGUUAAGUGUAUUUUUGUUAAUUAUUGUGUGUUAUAACUUAUCAGUUUUCGAGUGUUUUUUAAUCAGCUGAACUGCUUGAUAUGGAUAAAUGAGAUGCCGACCGUGAUUUCUUGCGAGUUUCUACAUGGGCAAGUCUCUUGCUUUAGGCUAUAUUCUACUCCCUCCGACCCUUAAUGUUUGCCAUGUACCUCAUUUUUUUCUACUUUAUGUUAACAAUGUUUUUUCUUUUGUUCAAAAUACGUAAUUCAAUAGUAUGAAGUUUUAACUAUUAAGCAGCGAAUAGAACUGAGUACCUGGCUGUGCUAAUACAUGCACCUUGUAUCUUCGGAUUUGUAAGUAGUUGUAUGUGUAAGAGUUCCAAGGUGUGGCUGCCACCAUCUUUGGGUAUGGUUAAAGUGAAUUGCGAAGAUUCCUUGCACGAGGAUGGAUGGGUGGGAGUCGGAGCUGUGGCGAAGAAUGGAAAUUUCUCGUUUGGUGCUACCAGGAAGAUGCGGUGCUUGAUAUUGCUCAAGGUGAGGCUGUCUUGAACUCUUGCUAACGGUUCGGUUAUGAUAUUGUUGAUAUUCUAUUGUUUUAUAUUGCUUCGGUUUGAUUGUGAUGAGAAUGUUGUGCUCGUGUUUUGUCCUCAAAUUAAAUAAAUUAAUAAUGCAAGUACUGAUCUUUUGCUUCCUAAAAAAAAAAAAAUAAUAAAAAAAUAAAAUAAAAAACUUUUAGAAUGUGAAAGUUUGACUCUUGACUCAUGAGUUCAAUCUUAGGUUAGUCAUUCCCUAAGGCCCUAAUACCCUCACAACGACACCAAGCACCCAAAAAGACUUGUGUGGACCUGGUCCACAAUAAUAUUAUUGUGGACCCGAGGUCUAUACACACGCAAUUUACAUUAUAUUGAACAUAGUGACCCUUAUUUUUAACACAAUAACCUUAUUUUUAACAUAGUAACUUUUACGGAUUUUUCACCAAAUACCACUAAAUUUAAACUUAAUUCACCGUAUACCACCAAAAACUUUCUAAUAUACCAUAUAACCUUCAGUUUUAUGAAAAUGACACAACAUGCCAUUAAUGACCAACGGAGGUUAACACCGUUAGUCAUUAAGUUUAAUAAUGCCACGUGGCACUCAAUAAUUGGUCCAAAUAAAAAAAGUUAAAACAAAAACAAAAAUAUGUAAAAAAAAA